GUUUCUUUAAGCAUCGCAAUCCAGCAUUGGUGGACACAAAGAAUGCAGCAGCUUACGGAUAUCGUUUUGAUGGUAAACGGCGUUUCAAUUUAAAAUAAAGAAGAUAUAUAAUAAUUACAUUGUGUGCGCUCCUUAUCGUUUCUAUAAAAAUUCAAUAAAAUUUAAAAUUAAUAAUUAAUAUCCAAUGGAGUUGGUUAGUCUUUGUUUACCUGUUCAUUGAGUUAUAUAUAUAUAUACAAUGUAUUAGUGUAUAAAUAUGUAUGUAUGUAUAUUCUUAAACUCUGAUUUGCUUACCCAACGAACCAUAAUGAAAAGGUAUAAUAUCUAUCGUUAUAUCAAAACUGCAAAAUUUCAAAAGCUUUAUAUAAAUAAAUCCACAUUUUCAUAUUAAUAAUGGUAUACACUUCGAAAUAGGAGACAAUAAUUCGUUUAUAUUACCAAUUGCUUUUCUAUAAGUAAAAUUAUCUCACACAAUAUGCUGAAAUCACUCUACAAGAGUACCCAUAAUCAAUUUAUACCAGAUGCUUAUCAUCUGACAUUAACAUAUGACAGUUUACACCAUAGCAAAAUACAGUCCACUUUAUACAAUUGACAUUUAAAAUCAUCUGUGCGUAGAAACGUUUUUCCGAUUUUAUUUUUGCUGUAUUGCAUUAUGUUUCAAUAAAAAAUCCUUAAUCGUGAAAAAUUUAAAAAAAAAAGAUUAGUAUUGCCAAAGGGAACAACUAAAGUUGAGUGCUUAAGCAAAAAUUUCGUUUUGUUUUAACAAACCAAAGAGAAUAUGAACGUACGGUUACUAAGCCGACUGCAGCAACGCUGGAGUGUUUUGAGACGUUAUGCGACAAAACCGUCAUCUUUAUCCGGUGAAGAAGCGCGUAUAGGCACCGGCAUUGGAAAUAUAACAGGCAGAGCUCGUGACGAUGCCAGCUCACUUACUGUGAAUCAGCCUUCCACCAAAAUAGUCACCAACCUACCACCGCUAACAGAUCCGAUACCAAAUCUUCCUGAAGUUGAGUAUGCGCGACCACUAGCCGAAAGCAGUCUUACACAAGUCACUACACUGCCGAAUGGAUUACGUGUGGCAUCUGAACCCAGAUUUGGUCAGUUUUGCACAGUUGGACUCGUGAUCGAUUCGGGUCCACGUUAUGAAGUCACCUACCCAAGUGGUGUUUCACACUUUCUUGAGAAGUUGGCCUUUAAUUCAACUGAGAAAUUUCCAAACAAAGAUGCUAUACUAAAGGAAUUAGAGAAAAACGGUGGGAUUUGUGAUUGUCAAAGUUCACGUGACACUCUCAUUUAUGCAGCAAGCAUCGAUAGUCGAGCAAUUGAAUCGGUUACACGCUUACUUGCCGAUGUGACAUUGCGGCCAACUCUCCAUGCCGCAGAAGUGAGCGCUGCGCGUAAAGCGGUACAAUUUGAACUUGAGACGCUCGGCAUGCGCCCGGAGCAGGAACCCAUAUUAAUGGAUAUGAUACAUGCAGCGGCAUAUCGUGAUAACACUUUGGGACUGCCAAAAUUGUGUCCAUCAGAAAAUCUUUCUCUAAUAGAUAGGAAUGUCUUAAUGAACUACUUGAAGUAUCAUCAUACACCUCAGCGUAUGGUAAUAGCCGGUGUAGGGGUCAACCACGACGAGCUAGUUCGAAACGUUGAGAAGUAUUUUGUGGACGAAAAAGCGAUUUGGGAAACUCAAGUUAUCAAAGGAACCGGUGCAACAGAAGUCGAUGGCUCAGUUGCACAAUACACCGGUGGCUUGAAAAAAGAAGAAUGUGAAAUACCGAUUUACGCCGCUACUGGACUACCAGAGCUCGCACACGUUGUUAUCGGACUGGAGGGUUGCUCUCAUCAGGAUCCCGAUUUUGUCGCAUUAUGUGUUUUAAAUAUAAUGAUGGGCGGUGGCGGUUCAUUUUCCGCUGGCGGUCCCGGCAAGGGCAUGUACUCCCGUUUAUACACGAACGUUCUUAAUCGCUAUCAUUGGAUGUAUAGCGCUACAGCUUAUAAUCACGCCUAUGCAGAUACUGGUCUAUUCUGCAUACAUGCUAGCGCUCCACCCAGUAACGUACGCGAUAUGGUUGAGGUUAUUACACGUGAACUCGUCAACAUGGCAAGUGAGCCGGGUAGGGAUGAAUUGAGUCGUUCCAAAAUUCAAUUGCAAUCGAUGCUAUUAAUGAACCUGGAAUCAAGGCCGGUUGUAUUUGAAGACGUGGGUAGACAAGUUCUGGCAACAGGUCAUCGCAAGCGACCUGAACACUUUAUACAUGAAAUCGAAAAAAUCAGUCAGGGUGAUAUACAGCGUGUAGCUCGACGCUUACUCGCCACCGUGCCAUCAAUGGCUGCCCGUGGUGAUAUCGGCAAAUUGCCGGAAAUGAAGGACGUACAAAGCGCUCUCAGCAACGGUGGUCGUUUAUCCUCUCGGCGACUCUCACUGUUUAAGUGAAAAUCCCAUGUACAUACAAUUAAAGAGAAUAUCAAGUCUUUUUGCUUUAUAUAGGUAAUAUAAACGAAAUAUAAUUAUUUGGAAUAAUAUGUAAGCACGUGUGUUCCGUUCAAAUAAAGCCACGUUACUGAAUCCAUUGCAGCAUAUCAUACUCUCGUAGCAAUUACGUAAAUUCUAACUCCAAACUCAUAAGUAAUCACAUUUUUAUUAAAGAUCAACAUAAGAUCAAUUAUAAAUAUUAAAACAAAAUAGUUUUUUGUGCGUUUUGAUUGACAAUGAGAAAAAUGCGCUCAAUUAGAAAAAAAAAAGUUUGUAUUAGUAAUUACUCGUAGUCACAAAUUAUGCAAUGGAUUCAUACAGAGGCAUGAGUUUAAAUUCAUUGUUGAGAGUGUAUACAUCACAUUCAUAAGUAAUGUUUUUUUUUCAAAACGAAAUAUUCUGUAAACCGGUGAGUCGUCAAAAAUAAAUCUGCCAUACUUUGCAUACA